UUCAGGCCCAACGUUGCCAUUCUCUCUCUCUCUCUCUGUUUUUUUUGAGGCAUUAAAUCAAAUCGUGCUGCCUCUUGUCGGGCUUGAAAGGAAAGCGACGGCCCCAAUGCUAGCUGGCCAACAGAUGGCAGUGCUGGAACCUCUGACCUGUUUUUUUUAGCAUCUCUUUUUUCGCUUCAGUUGGCGGGAAGUUGAUGAAAGAGAGAGAGAGAGAAAAGGUUGGGUUGCAAUUGCUGGGUGAAAUGGAAGCCUGCACUGAGUACUCAGCCAUACGCUUUAAGCAACGUGCUGUGAUUGAGUUUUUAACCGCCAAAGGAGUCCCUCCAAUUGAAAUUCAUCGCCGAAUGCAGGCUAUUUAUGGGGAUGACUGUAUCGACGUGAGUACUGUACAUCGAUGGGUCCAAAAAUGUAAAGAUGGGGAAUUGGGAAGAACCGACUUGUCUGAUCAAGAAUGAAAUGACAACAACCGGACAAAUAAAAGAGGAUGAUAAAUGGAAGAACAAUUGGGCAUCACUUCAAGGGAAAUCGCUGUCUAUCCUGGCAUUUUACAGGGUUGAGGGGGUCACAUUAUUGUCCUCCUUCAGCACUGGAAGGUAUUUCUCAACAUGUCAAUAAAUCUAAUGACAUAUGAAGCCCAGUUUUUUGGUUUUACCCCUCAAACGUUCAUGUUGCGGAUAUAUUUUGCUUUUCAAGAUCACCUUUCUCAUAUAAUGCUGGUAGUGGAGAAAGUUAUAUUGAAUAAACUAGAGAGCAUCUGUCCUAGUCUUACACCUACUUUAAUCCGGAGGAGCACAGAAAAAUUCUUUGCUUUCAUGAAGGAACGCUUCGACAAUCUGUUCACUAAGAUGGAAGAACCUCUUUUAAGCACAGUUUUAAGCAUCCCCAAGAACAUUUGUCUUCCAGAAGAUAAACUCCAAGAGGAAUUCUGCUACACUGCAAAACAGUUUCAGGAGCUGGAGAAUGAAAUCAGCCAACUUGAAAGAGAACUUAAAGCUGAAACGUGUGCAGAGCAAGCCCUAAAAACAGAACUAGAAGAGCAAAAGGUUGUCCAGGGACAUCUUGAAGAGAUUCUACAAUGGUUUGAUGGUCUUGACAAUAUAGGCAGAAAUGAAGGGACUGGAAACCUUAAAGAAAGCUUUGCUGCCUUGACAAAAACUGCCGCUAAACUGCAUAAUAUUGUGCAGGAAGUGGAGGGCAAAAUGAACAGACUGAGAAAGUGACUGUGUAACAAUAUAAUAAACAUAUUUCAAUCCGUU